AUGUCAUCUACACAAUCAAAUCAACAACAAAAUAAUGAUAAUAAUAAUAAUAAUAAUAAUGUUUAUGGACAAUUAAUUCUUUUAUUAGAUGUCAAUCAAAAUGGACGAUUAGUUUUGCCAUUUUCCCGACGAUUGAUUCUUAUUGAUCGUCCAUUUGAAAAUGUUUCUGAAAAUGACAACGACGAACAAAAUGAAACAUCUGUUGAUGAUUAUAAUACAGAAUCUGAAUUCUCGUCAUCAUUAUCAGAAAAUUAUUUUCUAACUGAUGAUGAGAAUAAUGAUGGUAAUAGUGAAGACAAUGGAUCGUUUGUAUCAAUAUCUUUACCACCAACACCAUUUCCUUAUGAUCCAUAUGAUUCAUAUGAUUCCGCCGAUGAAUACGAACAAAAUUAUGUUGAACAUGUACCACAAAAUACACCUGUCGAAAAGAUGGAUGUUGAAAAAUCAUUCCAACAACAAGACGUAUCCAUGAAACAAAUAGGAAAUUCGAAACAAUAUCAACAACAUCUAUAUAUAGAAAUAUUGAACAUGAAUAUGAAUACAGAAACCAUUCUGAAAACUCCGAGUCAAGAUGCUCAAGGUGGAUGGUAUGACUUGUUGUCACCAACACAAGUGUGUACUGGAAAAGAGAAAAAUCUCGGAAGUAUGAAUAUACACUUGAAUAAUGAUUUUAUGAGAGAAGACGAAGAAGAAGCAACUAUGAAUGUUGACGACGAUAAUUUGUUCAAUAAUCAAUCUGAACAAGUUCCAAUUAAAUAUCACUCAAAAUCAUUAGAAGAACAAGCUUUAUCACAAAGAUUAAGUCAAUUAUCUAUGAUUUCUCAUCACACACCUGAACAUCUCAUUAUGGUCAAUAAAGAUGAUGCGGAAAAUAUUCCAUAUUACCUAUCAAAAGAAAGUAAAUCUUUUCAAGAAAUUACCAGCGAUUUACCAUCAUAUGAAUUGGUUGAAGAAUUACGGCAAAUGGCCAUGGUGAUACAUCAACUUUUUAUGAUCGAUUUAGAAAAAUCACUUUGGACACCUUAUUUGAAGUCAGGCACAGACCAACUCCAAUUAAAUCAAAUGGAUAAUGAUAAUCUUAUACAUACACACCUUUGGCCCAUUGAAGUGCAAAAACUUGUUAGUAAACAAUCACCUGAUAAUACCGAUACGGCUGCAUGUUUAACUUACGUCACACAACAUCUUGAUGAAUUAGAUGAUAAAAUGAAACAAUAUCAAACUAAAUAUAAUAUGAAGAAAAACCAAUACUUCAAUUAUGUACCAAAAAUACAAAUAUUUGUUCACCAACAACUUGAAUCUGCUCGAUUGGCAACAGAACAACAAAUUGCCAUUGUUCACUACAAUUUCAAUGAUCAUCUCUUCGAAUUAAAAUUUAUGACAUAUAAUCCAACUCCACAACAGAUAAAAAUAAUUUUCUUUAAAAUUUUUAAUUUACUUACAUAUAUCGUUUUUUUUUUGUUUUAG